CUGUCUCUUUAGGUCUAGACAUCCCCUUGUCGCUCCCUGCAAUUCGACAUUCAGGCCAAACUACACAUUCCUUUUUCGCAAGACGCAUACAGCCAUGAAGUCCUUCGCCGCCGUCACCGCUCUUCUCGCCAUCGUGCCCUUGACCAUGGGCCAGCAGCUGAUGGUCAAUUCUCUCAAUGAUGUCAUUGAGUGCGAGCCCAUUCUCAUCUCCUGGUCCGGUGGUACCCCUCCCUACUAUAUUUCCUUCAUCCCUGCUGGACAACCCUCUGCCCCUCCGAUCAAAGAGUUCCCUGUUCAACAAGGUACCAGCAUGACUUGGCUCGCUGAUCUUGCUCAGGGUACCUCCUUCGCUACGGCGCUCAAGGAUUCCACUGGCCAGAUUGCCUACUCUGGUACCCAGUCAGUUAUACCCGGCUCUUCGUCCAGCUGCGUUAAUACUUCGGUCAUGGAGUCUGGUACAGCUACCGGCAGUAGCCCGACCAACCCCGCAUUGGCUGCGGCGAACCCCACAAGCAGCGGUACUCAAUCUGCGGGUCCCAGCGCGGCCAGCAAGAGCGCCGGCAGUACUGCUGCCGCCUCUGGUAGCAGCGCUGCCUCUGGUAGCAGUGCUGCCCCUUCGGCUACUCAUAACGCUGCUGUCCGAGGCUCCUCCGUCGGUGUUUACAGCCUUACGGGUCUCAUUGGUCUCAUUGGCGCCGCCAUCUUCUGAGCUUGGCUUAUGUGUCUCGUAUCCACUCACUAGUAAGACUGUAACCUGUUUACGGACUGUCUAGCACCGCCGUCAUGUGUUCUAUGCCUGUCAUUAUGGGAUUCUUAAUCAUUGGUCGAGCAUCACUGACCCAACCCGAGUUUCGAUCCUAUAGUGUGAGUCUUGC